AUGGUGAGCUUUGUAGCGUCCUUCAUGUCAAGGAAUAUCAGCGGGUAUUCGAAAGAGGAUCUUGGGACGGUAUCCCAUCCCGGAUGCGGCGAGAAUGACCCAGAGGCGGACGCGGAAAACCGUGGGCCGAAGAAGGCAGACUGGGAACAGUUGUGUAAGUCUACUCCUCCCCAACGACAAGCUGCCAUCAACAUAUUGGUGAUAUCCCUGUUCGGAGUACGUACGGUGCCCCUAAGGAAUACCGCCGGCCAAUGGCCUCAACUAAAGGUCGGAGCUUUGGACCUCGGACGGGCGAAGGCCGUCCUCUCCGCCGCUGCCCACCUGCACGCCUCCUUCUGGCCAGAACCCCCGGCGGCGGCGGCGGGUUGGGAACCCCGUCGUCACUCCCAGCCGCAGAGCCCCAAGCGCCAGGAGGACCACGGGCGGGAGCAGCAGCGACACCCGGACCUGGGUCCCGGCCACCACCAUUGCGACGGCGGAGGGCGGUACGCUCGGGGACUCCACAAGCAGGGCACGUUCUGGUCCCUCGAGAAGAGGGACGCGGGAGACCUCGCGGGGCUGGAAGAGGAGUACCAGAAACUUCUGGGAAAUUUCCGCCCGCUGCUGCCCGCGGCGUGGUUCGAGUCUCCGCACCAAGGGGGAGACGCAGUCGGUGAUGCCGCCCGGCAUCCCGGAGUGUGCGCUGGGGCAGAUGAACGACAUCUUGGUCGCCGUUUGGCGGCGCGAGCGUUGAGCCUCGAUGCGGCCGUGCAUGCGAACGGAGAUGGUGUUUUGGCAUCCUCAGGCGGCGGAAAGAGGGGCAGGAGCCUGGUCCAUGGGGAUUUGAAGACCUGGAACGUUUUCUUCAAGACGGGAGGCUGGGCAGAGGCUGGAGAGCAAGGGGAAGGCGCCGCAGCUAGAGACGGUGGAGGGGUUGAUGCUCAAGGGCCGGCUGCUGCUGCCGGAGGAAAAGUGAAGAUUAUUGAUUGGCAGGUGUGGUUCGUGUUGGAGGUCGGGGUGGUGACGAACGAGUGGUGCGGGGAAGGGCUAGCAGCAACGGACGCCGCUUACGUAAUCUGCACCAGCCUGGAACCAUCGCUCUUGUCGAGGGAGCGAGAACUGCUCGACCACUACCACGCCGAGUUGUCCCGGGGCUUAGAGGCGCGCUUCGGCAAGCCGUCGGCGCCGGAGGGAGGGGGAGGUAGCGAUGGUGCCUGGUAUCCGUCGGGGCAAUUCGCGGACGACUAUCGGGUUGCGUUUCUCGACUACAUGAGGUGCGUGGUCAGCACACUGUGGAAGGGGCUGACGCCAGAGAAGAUGGACAGAAACCGCUCCUCGGGACCCGGUAUGAGCCUGAUCAACCGCUCCGCUCGACACAUGCAGUGGAUGAUCGAGAAAGCGACAAGGCUCUUGGACGAGCUCGACAGCCUUGAGGAAGACAAGUAG